GGCUUUAGGAUUUGGGACCAACGGGCUAGCAACCACCGUGGUUGCUAUUCUUUCCCAUGGGGCUCGUCCACAUAGAGUCUACCUCCUUAGCUCCAUGGCAAUGGUCAGUAUAAUUGUGUGUGCAAUCGCAUUCCAACAGGGUGAUGGCAGUAUUAACACCCCCCUUUUCAAGAUCUAUCUCACGCUCGUCACCGGCCUCGUCACAAUCACCCCCUUUUCCUUCAUUUACUUGAGGUUGGAAGAUAACAGCCGCAUGGCACGCUUCUUCACAGCCUACCUAGGAACGAGUCUAGGCUCUUGGACGCCUCCGUUCUAACUCGAUAGGCACAGGUACGGUGGUUUCGUCCUGACCGGCCUUGCCUUGUCAUACAUCCUUCCCCGGGACAGUCGUAUAUUCCCAGUCUACUUCAAGUUGUCAACUAUUAUCAGGUAUUUUCUGACCUUUAUCUUCUGCUCCGUCAACCUCAUCGUUCCAUGAAUUCUGGCCAACACCGCUGGGAAGACGAAGAAGUCAACCAUGAUGGCCGUAUUCAAUGUGGCAGCAUCGCUCGGCGGCAUCGUCGGCCCCGUUACGUACUCUUUGAUGCCGUAAGCGCACCGGCAUACCGUAGCGGGAUCCGGAACACCACGGGCGUGUUUGUUGCUAUGCUCGCCGUCUAUUUAUUGCAGGUCGGUAAUAAUAAUGCUGCUGAACAGGCUGCAGGUCCGACGGCGAAUCGCCAACAACAAACCCGCUUAACUACCUACAUCCACGACUCACUCAAUGGAGGACGAGCACGUGGAUAUCCAUCCGCACGGGUAAUGCUGGGAUGACUGGAGACCGGGCGUUUGCCGGCCUGACGGACCGUGAGAAUGAUGAGUUUUGUUUACGUCUACUAAGGGGUGGAGAUUUCUGUGGAUAGGGCAGUUAGACGCAAGGAUUUAUUGUUUGAGGUGUCCUG